AUGGAGGAUAAUAAGAGGGUUCCACCGAAGAACUUUAUGAAGUCUCGUGCACGCAAAAAGCGCCGGUUGAACAACCGGAAGUCGCCAGUCUCGAAUCAAAUCACCAGUUCCCACUUCAAAGGGGAGAAAAUCAUAUGGUCGUUACAAGAUUAUAUACCACGUCACAUCUAUCCGGAAAUUCACGCGGAAAAUAAGAGCCCGUGGCGCAAGCCUACACACGAGGAGCUAGCUCGCGCUCAAUCUAUUGUCGACAGCUUUGUUCCGUUCACACAUGGUAAAGUGAUAUUGAUCGACAAAACUCACGCCAAAGUUGUAGCUGUGAUCAAGUUCAUACCGAUUUCAGAACUCUCAGCCAAAGAGAAACGCGACAUCAAUCGAGUUACGACGUUCCUCCACAAAUCAAAGAAGUUUGUAAACAGGAUUGCACCUGGUCGAGUAUGGGGGGGUGGAAUGUGGGGUGUUGGAUGGCGUAAGUGUAUGAAAGCACUUGAAUUAUUCGGACGAUACAUCAAGCUCCGUGUUGCGCACACCUGGCGUGGGGAAUACCUCAAACUUGCUGUCCAAGGGCUAUCUGUUUCCCGAAUUCUUGGACAAAUGUUCAAGAGUUUGGGUGAUAUCCCAUUCGAGUCUAAUCGGAAGCUGAUGGAGGAACAUGGAAUUCUAUCGCUUGCAUCUGGAGAGUUCAAUGAUCGCCUUUCUGAGUUCGACUGUUCACCUCACAUCACAUUCACAACCAACGGAUUUUACAAUCGCCCUCACCGCGACACCGGCGAUGCUUCUGAAUUUGCUUUUGCACUCUUUGUGCCAACAAAAUCAUCGGAUGGCACACUUGCUGAUGCUGAAACUGAAUCGAAUGCUUCUGGCGGUCGAUUCGUCUUCCCGGAUUACAAAUGCUAUAUUGAAUUUCAGCCACAAACGGUGGUUAAGCUACUAUGGGCGGCAAAGAGCUGCGAACAUUGUACUCUUCCUGGAUUCGAGCCUAAAGGAUUCACACGUAUGGGAAUGUCGCUACAAAUUACUCAAACUGCUCUAAACAUUUGCAGUGCAAUCAAGACUGGAAUAAUCUAUCUCAGAAAAACCUAUCGUUAUAAGAAAAACCUCUACUUUGGCGGGCACCAAAACUACAUGGGAAAACGUAGCACAUAA